CCCACCCGGACGGGUGGUCGUCGUAUAUAAGAGCGUUUAGACCCCCUCCGCCACAUUUUGGAAAUAUCGUUUCCGAACCUCCGUCUCCGCUCUCUCGACCAUGCGAUUCCUGAUACUGUUGAGCUUCCUGGCCGCCGCCAGGGCCGGAGACGACAGCUUCUCCAUCGGAUUGGGCGUCCUGGCCCCUUCCUACAGCCAGAGAGUGGGUCCCGACGGAUCGGUCAAAGUCAACUUCGACCAGCAGAAGAACGGAUUCUCCUACAGCGUGACCAACGGGGCCUCCCCCACCUCCAACGUCCAGCAGCAGACGGCGGUGGCCAAGGACGGCCUGGGAGGACACACCAUCACCCACCAGGCUCGGGCCGCCCACACCGACCCCUUCUCCGGGGCGACGGCGCUGAAACACAAGGAACACUCCUUCCACAUCAAUCCCUACCUGGGACGGGCCGCCGUCCACACCAACGCCGCCGCCGGACAGCUCAAUCCUCUCUUGGGACAGGCCUCUUUCGCCCAGAACACGCACAACGCCCAGAUAGCCCCCGGCCACUCGGCGGUGGCCGAUACCGCUUCCAGGGCGGCCAUCUCUCCCUUCGGUAACUCGGCCGCCCACUCCGUCCGGGCGGCCCAGGCCCAGGCCCUGCCCGGAGGGGUGGCCUUCGGGACCCACGCCGCCGACAACUCCCACGCCUCCCUGGCCGGAUACGGCACCUUCGGACACGCCUCGGUCCAAAACGCCAACGGCUUCCAGGGUCCGGGCUACGGCGCCGUCAGCGCCGUCGGACAUUCCGCCCAAGGUGCCUACGACGCCCACGGAUUCGGCCAGACCCUGCAGCAGGGCUACAGGAACGACGGCGGAUACAACGCUCACCUGGGACUGGCCGGAUCCGACCAGACCCUGUACUCUCGGCAGGCGUCGCACGAUCCCUACGGAAACUACGGAGCCGUCACCCACUCCGCCCACUCCGCCCAGGCCGGACACUUGGGCCCCAGUUACGCCUCCUACUACCAGGCUCCCGCAGUGCACAAUUCCAUACACGCUGGAUACGGACCGGCCAAAGCCUACUACUGAUCUCCGCGCCCCUCCGGUCCGUCUCCCUCUUUCUCCCUCUCCUUUCCUCUGUAAAUAGUAUUGUCUAUUUAUUGACCACAGACGAAGAUCCUACGUGUGAAUUUGGUUUUUUCUCUUUCCUCGCCUCCUUUUCCGUCCAAUAAAGAACUUAGAAACUCCGCUUCCGACUCUUCCCUUUCUCUUCUCUCGCCGACUUACGUAACGUCGGCCGCGGCCGGGCGGCGCGACUCGGGUGCGCCACCCAUUUUCCGUAGAGAAACCGAGGUCGACGGCGCGUUACCGGUUUCGCGGCCAGGCGCGCGUCAUUAAGAGACGGAGACUAUUUUCGUAGGUUUUAUUGAUAAACGAAUUUCCAAGGCCGCCGAUCAGCGGCGCCCGUGGCCGCCCCGGUGUCCGGCGUACUUCU